GCCUACGAUCCAGUAAAGUAAUUCGUUUAAAUUAUAUUCGCAAAUAUCGAUUAUUUUGAAAUUAAUCGUUUUAAGUGAUUAUAUGUAGCCUAUAAGUUAUUCACGGAAGAAAAUGUUAAAGAAAAAUGGAACUAGUUUCACAACUUGGACUUGGCCUCAUCAACCAUGAAGUAUUUUAUAAAGAGUAACUUUACUAACACUGGGCUCUCCCGUAGUCUUUUAGUAAUCAACGCUUUCUUUGGUAAUGCAUCAUGAUUAUAUCACGUGUUGUUUGCGACUUCUGUAAAAAUAAUUAAAACUCAACUACUGCAAAGAUUAACUGUAAAAUAACGUAUAAAUUUGCAGUUUGUGAAGAUAAUUAAAACGCGACUACUGUAUAAGGAUGGGACAUUUGCCAACCGAUAUUUUUAUCUUCUGGUUUUUUUUCUUCUAGAAGUUACAUUAAUCAGUAGUGCAGGCAGUGGCGUAGCGUGGGUUGCCAGCGCCCGGGGCAAGGCGCCCGGGGCAAGGCGCCCGGGGCAAAGCAAGUAUUGUGCCCCCUAACCAGUGGACCGUUAGUACUCCCAGAGUCCCUUCCACCAGUCAAGAAUUUUGCGCCACUGAGUGCAGGUGCAACAUCAACAUUUUAAUACUCCCCCUGCACAAGCAUCUGUUAUUCAAAACACAGUCGGUUUCGGCUAGGAGGUCGGGUUUCUUCUUGUAACGUUUAUACUAGAUAUCAUCAUGAAAGUUUAAAAUCUGACUUACAAACUAAAGGGAAACAUAUUAUGUAUACAUACGCCUAUAAACAGAAAUAUAUAUAUUAUACAUGAAGACGAGACCGAGAGGCAAAUUAACAUACGGAUUCGAAGGAAUAAAAUACGUAAAGUGUAGUAACGAUAUUUGAAGCAGAGGGAAGCACAAACAAUCUAGGGGGAUGCUUUACUGUGAUAUUAUCUUUGAAUGGCUUCACAGGGGCGUAUUGUGAUCUGGACCUGGGGGUGGGUGGGUGGGGAGUCCAAUAUGAACCAAGUGGACCCUUUUUCUAUUUUGUUUUUGCACCACUAGAAAUUCCAUUUGUAUAAACCUGAAUGUUUUAGCUCUGAAAGUGGACCAUUUGCUUCAGCAGGGGGGGGGGGUGUCCGACCCCCCCCCCAGCCUAUGCCCCUGCUUCAACUGCGAUUUUCAAACAUUUCGAGAAUAAAAUAACAAUAUGUUUUAGAUGAUGAUAAUUAUGUAUUAUAUUAGGACCAAAAAACCCUCAGUAAAAUAUAGUUGUGAAUUGGAGGGAACAAGUCCCCAUCCCCCACCUCCAUCCACCACCUCCUGUUCCUACUAGCCUCACUGUAUGCAUAUAACAUUAAUUUGUUUUCUUUUUAGUGUUUGUUAAUUUACAGUAUGGACGAAUUGAGGCAUACCUUUGUUCGUUUAUGCAAGGAUAACCAUGUUGAUGUUCAAGACUGUGUUACUGAUAAGCUGAAAAGCAUUUCCUGUGCAUCAGGAAGGAAGAAAACAGUGCUUGAUUUGUCUACCAAUAGUCUGACAGCUAAAACCUGUUCUGUACUUGGUGAAUUACUGUCACUCGAUCGCACCUUUGUAGAAGUGAGGUUUGCUGACUGCAUGCUUAAUGGAGAUGCAAUCAAAGGACUGUGCCAUGGAUUUUCUAUAAACUCAUUCUGUAAAAAGCUGGACCUCAGGGGAAAUAACAUCCAUGGUUUAGGAGCUGAAGCGCUUGGAAAGAUGUUACAGAAAAACCACACUCUAGUCAGUUUAUCCCUCGAAUGGAAUUCACUUGGGUCACUGGAUACUAGUAUCUCAUUUGAUGUUUUCUGUGAUGGAGUCGGCUGUAACCAGAAUCUCCAGACACUGGAUCUUCGAAACAAUCAGAUCAACCAUCGUGGAGCUGCCGAACUAGCAGAGAACCUUCAGCACAAUACGUAUUUGAAAACACUCGAUUUGCGAUGGAAUAAUUUUGGACUGCUGGGUGGUCGCGCUGUUAUUAAGAUGCUGAAGAUGAACAAAACGUUAUUAAGACUUGAGUUAGCUGGCAACAACAUCCCAUCUGAUGUGCACCAGUCUAUUGAGACAGCAAUGUCUAACAAUGCUGAUCGGCAGCUGAUGACAAAUGAACACCAAAUGAGAACCCAAGCCCUCACCAAACACAUCAAACAAAUGGAACAGGACAGAUGUGCACAGUUGUUUGAUGUGAUGAAUACAAUGGAUGACCAAGAAGAUAUUCGAUGCAAGAGUAAGAGGUGCAUAUUUUCUACUGAAAAAAUAGCAAAUCUACAGGAAGCUUUGGAAGACAGGAAGAAUUCCUUCAAUUCACUAGCAACUAAAUUGUCUACGACUGAUUCGGGGCUGGUAUUAGCAGAACAAAAACUGCAUAAGAAAGACUCUGUGAUUGCUAAUUUAAAACAGGAAAUAUCUGACAUGGCUUUCACUCAUAUGACUGAAGUAAAACAGUUAAAGGAGGAUAAAGCAAAUGAGGAGAAGAAGUUGCUAAGAGAACUAUCUGAGUUUGAAGAUAAGAAUAAACAAUUAGAGAUUAAGUAUGAAGAUCUGGACAAAAAGUGCAAAAAUCAGCAAGAACAGAUUUUUGAACUCAAAGAGCAGAUCAUUCAUCUCCAGGCUGAACUAAAGCUGAAGGCUUCGAAGUUUGAUGAAAAAAUUCAACAAGAAAAAUUCCGACAGAAGGAAGCUAUACGUGAAGUUGAACAGUAUAAAGACAAAGAGAUUAUUAGAAUCAGACAAGAGGCUGAUGAUAUGAAAAAGUCAUUGCGUGAACAGAUUCGUAAUUUUGAGACUCAUCAGUCGGAUCUUGAUCGGGAGAUCACUCAACUAAAGGCGGCCAUUGCGUCAGAGAUCAUGAAGACUGAGGAGCAGUUGUUACAUAUCAAGCAGAAAGUCAGAACAGAAGAGGAGGAGAAAAUUCGAGUGUUACAGAUCUCAAAAGACAAUCUUCAAAGCCACUGCAACCAGCAGACAUCACUUGUUUCAGAACUCCAAUAUAACAACUCUAACCUUACACUGGAAGUUGACACGUUGAAGAGUAGGCUGGAGGAAAUGAGACAGGAAUUUGCUGUGAAGAACAAUGUGACGAUAGCUGAGAUGAAAUUAGAGCUGACUGCCACCUUGAACAAGUUAGAGAGCGAGAGACAGCUACAGAGUGAGCUUCGUAACAAGCUGUCUCAGGUGGACAGAGACCUGUCAGCAAAGGACCGAGAAAUUGCCAGUCUGAAGGAGAAGUUGAGAGCACGGGAGUAUGAAGUGUCGAGGAUUCGAGAAGAUGAGUUACAGCGAGUUCACAUGCUUCAGUCAGCAGUCGUUACAUACAUGGCCAGAGCACCUCAUGUCUCAUCAUCGAAGUGACCACUUUCUACACAACUUCAGAUUAUAUGCCACUUCAGAUUCUACACAACUUCAGAUUAUAUGCCACUUCAGAUUCUACACAACUUCAGAUUAUAUGCCACUUCAGAUUCUACACAACUUCAGAUUAUAUGCCACUUCAGAUUCUACACAACUUCAGAUUAUAUGCCACUUCCAGUUUCUGUACAACUUCACAUAUUAUAUGCCACUUCAUUCUACACAACUUCAGAUUAUAUGCCACUUCCAGUUUCUGUACAACUUCACAUAUUAUAUGCCACUUCAGAUUCUACACAACUUCAGAUUAUAUGCCACU